AUGAACAGUCAAAAGAAACGAAAAGAUAUGGAACCUGCUUGCACCUGGAGCUUAUUGUCUGAACAGAAAGCUGCUUCAAGUUCUCUGGCUUCAUUUUCAUGGAAGGAGCUUACAGAUUACAGGAAAGUAUUUAGAAAACAUCUAAAAGAAAAAUACCUGAAAAAAGGAGUUGACAAAUGUUAUCACCAUGGCAAGCAUAUAGAGUCACGACUGCUUGUUGUAAAAGAACACUGUAUAUCAGAAAAGCCACCAUGCGGAAUUCCUCAACAAAAUAAUUUUAUUGAGAUGGAACAUAUAUUUGAUCCUGAUGAAGAGGGCUCCAGCUUAUCCCAAACUGUGGUGCUUCAGGGAUGUGCUGGGAUUGGGAAAACAGCUGUGGUGCAUAAGUUCAUGUUUGACUGGGCNGCAGGAAUGGUUACUCCAGGCAGAUUUGACUAUCUCAUCUAUGUAAACUGCAGAGAAAUAAGCCGUUUUGCUAACCUUAGCGCUGCUGACCUGAUCACUAACACUUUUCAAGAUAUCGACGGACCAAUCCUGGAUGUUAUUCUUGUAUAUCCAGAGAAGCUUCUUUUCAUUCUUGAUGGAUUUCCUGAGCUUCAGUACCCUGUAGGUGAUCAGGAAGAGGAUCUUAGUGCCAAUCCCCUGGAGAGGAAGCCAGUAGAGACCCUCUUAUGUAGUUUUGUGAGGAAAAAACUGUUUCCUGAAUCCUCCCUCCUGAUAACUGCCCGGCCUACAACCAUGAAGAAGCUGCACUCGCUGUUAAAACAAGCUACCCAGGCAGAGAUCCUGUGGUUUACAGAUGCUGAAAAGAGAGCAUAUUUCUUGAGUCAGUUUUCAGGUGCUAAUGCUGCAAUGAGAGUUUUUUAUGGUCUGCGAGAAAAUGAAGGCCUUGACAUUAUGUCUUCUCUUCCCAUCAUCUCCUGGAUGAUCUGCAGUGUCCUGCAGUCACAGGGAGAUGGUGACAGGACUCUUAUGAGAUCACUUCAGACCAUGACUGAUGUGUAUCUGUUCUACUUUUCCAAGUGCCUCAAAACCCUUACAGGCAUCUCGGUGUGGAAGGGACAGAGUUGCCUGUGGGGCCUUUGCUCUUUGGCUGCAGAGGGACUGCAGAACCAGCAGGUCCUGUUUGAAAUCAGUGACCUCAGAAGACAUGGGAUAGGAGUGUAUGAUACCAACUGCACUUUUCUCAAUCACUUUUUGAAAAAGGUUGAAGGAGGUGUCAGUGUCUAUACUUUUCUUCACUUCAGUUUCCAAGAGUUCCUGACUGCUGUGUUCUAUGCCCUGAAGAAUGACAGCAGCUGGAUGUUUUUUGAUCAAGUGGGGAAAACGUGGCAAGAAAUAUUCCAGCAAUAUGGAAAAGGAUUUUCAUCAUUAACAAUACAGUUCUUAUUUGGCCUCUUACAUAAAGGAAAGGGAAAGUCUGUGGAAACUACUUUUGGGAGAAAAGUCUCUCCAGGACUUCGAGAGGAGUUAUUGAAGUGGACUGAGAAAGAAAUAAAGGAUAAAUCUUCUAGGUUACAGAUUGAGCCAAUGGACUUGUUUCACUGUUUGUAUGAGAUUCAGGAAGAAGAAUAUGCAAAAAGGAUAAUUGAUGAUUUAGGGUCAAUUAUACUGCUUCAACCUACCUAUACAAAAAUGGACAUUCUGGCUAUGUCAUUCUGUGUAAAAAGCAGUCAUAGUCACCUGUCAGUGUCUCUGAAGUGUCAGCAUCUACUUGGAUUUGAGGAGGAAGAUCAAGCUUCAGCAUUCAUGCCACCAACCUUGACACUUAAUCAGCCCUUCCAGCUGCGUAAUUUGCCAGUCUCUCCACUACACUUGCUCUGCCAAGCACUGCGUAACCCAUACUGUAAAGUCAAAGACCUGAAACUGAUUUUCUGCCACCUCACAGCUUCUUAUGGCAGAGACCUCGCCUUAGUAUUUGAAACCAACCAAUAUCUGACAGAUUUGGAAUUUGUGAAAAAUACCCUGGAAGAUUCCGGAAUGAAGCUUCUGUGUGAAGGAUUAAAACAGCCAAACUGUAUCUUACAGACAUUGAGGUUGUACCGAUGCCUUAUCUCUCCUGCUUCUUGUGGUGCGCUAGCAGCUGUUCUUAGCACCAAUCAGUGGCUCACUGAGCUGGAAUUUAGUGAAACAAAACUGGAAGCUUCAGCUUUGAAAUUGCUCUGUGAAGGCUUAAAAGAUCCAAAUUGCAAAGUACAGAAGCUCAAGUUGUGUGCAAGCUUUCUCCCUGGAAGCUCAGAGACUAUUUGCAGAUAUCUUGCCUCUGUUCUCAUUUGCAAUCCAAACCUCACUGAGCUGGACCUGAGUGAAAAUCCCCUGGGGGACACAGGGGUGAAGUAUCUUUGUGAGGGUCUCAGACAUUCCAACUGUAAAGUAGAGAAACUAGACUUGAGCACAUGUUACCUAACAGAUGCUAGCUGUGUGGAGCUCUCUUCUUUCUUGCAAGUGAGUCAGACUUUAAAAGAGCUGUUUGUGUUUGCCAAUGCCCUGGGGGACACUGGAGUACAGCAUCUCUGUGAAGGUCUGCGGCAUGCAAAUGGUAUAAUCGAGAAUCUUGUGCUUUCCGAAUGUUCCCUCUCUGCAGCUUGUUGUGAGUCCCUCGCCCAAGUCCUGAGCUCUACCCGGAGCCUGACAAGGCUGCUUCUCAUUAAUAACAAAAUUGAAGAUUUGGGACUGAAAUUGCUGUGUAAAGGAUUAAAACAGCCUGACUGUCAGUUAAAGGAUCUGGCACUGUGGACCUGUCAUCUGACUGGAGAGUGUUGUCAGGAUUUGUGCAAUGCACUGUACACCAAUGAACACCUACGAGUUCUUGACCUCAGUGACAAUGCCUUAGGGGACGAGGGCAUGCAGGUGCUGUGUGAAGGGCUAAAACACCCCUCCUGUAAGCUACAGACCUUGUGGCUAGCAGAAUGUCAUCUCACAGAUGCAUGCUGUGGAGCCCUCGCCUCUGUCCUCAACAGAAAUGAGAACCUAACGUUGCUAGACUUAAGUGGAAAUGACCUUAAGGAUUUCGGAGUUCAAAUGCUGUGUGAUGCACUGAUUCAUCCAAUAUGUAAACUACAGACGUUCUACAUUGACACGGAUCAUUUACAUGAAGAAACAUUCAGAAAAAUAGAAGCUUUAAAAAUGAGCAAGCCUGGAAUCACCUGGUAG